UCGGGUAGUCAGUAUUUUUAUCCACAUUAAUUUAGUAUUUUGGGAUCUUUUAUUUAAUUCCGCACAGUUGGUGGCGACAAUACAUCUUUUUGCGUGUAGUUCGACAUAAAACCCAAAGAAGAAGUGUAACCGGAAAAGAACAGCGACCAAGAACCAUUUCCACGUUAGAGUUGUUGUUAUUUAGACGUUUAUUAACACCAUGGAACUCAAAAUGAGCAAUUUAACUGCACAACAUCACAUACUUACAGCACUUGGUUGACAGAUGUUAUCGAUUGUCGAGGUAACGCUAGCCAGCUAGUUAGCGGAUAACGUUAGCUAACGAUGGCUAACAGUAUGGUUUUUCACACUCAAAUAGCCUCCAUCAUGGAGGUACUAGCAAAUGCAGCCGUGGCAGAGGUCUGUAAACUCGUAGACGACGACUAUGCAGUGUUUCGUUUGGAAAUGUCCCAAAGCCAGAAAGAAAACAGGGCAUUGCGGAGGAAACUACAGCUAUUCGAACUGAAGGUGGCACGGGAGCGCGUCCUCGCCAGUCGUCCCAGUAGUGUCAAGCUCGUCGACAGACACAGAGGAAUGGCAAGAGGUGAAGGACAUCUCACUGGAGGCCACAGGAGUUUUGUGAAGCCAGUGGGACACAAUACAUGGAGAGAUGACCAACCAAUCAUUGUUGAUGAGGGGAGUGGAACCUCAACCCAGCCGGUUAUCGUGAUAGAGUCUGCAGAUGCAGAGGCUGCUGGUCCUGGGGUCAAGCAGCAGAAGACUGAAAGAGAGGAGGACCCACAGCAAAGCAGAGACAUCCAGACUGGACCGACUGGAAUGCACCCUGUAGCCACGGAGGACACCGCCCCAGCGCAGUCCAGUUGCCAACGCAUUGUCACUGAGGUCUGUGGAACACCAAACGCUGUCCUAAAGUCAGAGACGGACACUGAGACUUUAACUGUAACACACAGGCUCUUACACACAGGACCUGACCAUGGAUCAGACCCAGAGAGACUUGGGCUGGGGCCAUUGGGCUGUCCUCCUGUUCCUGGUUCAGAAUACUUACCGAUAUUUCACCAGGUCCAGAGGACGGUUCAUUCUCGUGGAGAUGGUGAGGUGUUAUACACAGGCAUUGAUGACCUGUCUUGUACUUACGCUACAGAGAUGGACCCUGGCAACGUAUCCUUGGAUUUAGAGACACAGACUGAUCUGUCUAGAGGGGACUGGAACCGGUACAGUAGUAGUGUGUACUCUGAAGGGUGCCUAGAUAAGAAAGGAGAGGUUAUAGUCGUAGACGAAGUGACUGUGAAAGUGGAGGGCGACGCUCCUCCCACAUGGAAUACAAAUAGUCACCUAGGAGACAGACACUCACAAGGCAGAGAUUUCUUAGAUUACAGGGAAAGCUUAGAGACAAAUCCAAAUGUUGUCCACCCGUUCCGGGAUCGCGACCCAGUGUCCACGUCAAUGGGACCUUCCGAUUCACACGGCUGUGCCCUUUUGGAUCAGGCAUUGAACUCAAAAGACAGGGCUAGAGCACAGGCUCUGGGAGGGGAAGCAACAUCUGGCAAAAAACAGGGGGUGAAACCCUUUAGCUGUACCCAGUGUUCUAUGCGCUUCGCCCAGGCUGGCAACCUGAAGAGGCACCAGAGGGUCCACACAGGGGAGAAACCAUUCAGCUGUACCCAGUGUCACAUGUGUUUCGCCCAGGCUGGUGACCUGAAGAGGCACCAGAGGGUCCACACAGGAGAGAGACCUUACAGCUGCCCCCAGUGUGAGAAGAGGUUCUCCCACCAGCACCAUCUGAAGAUGCACUUGAAGAUCCACACUGAAGCGAGGCUGUUCGCCUGUACGCCCUGCGGGAAGAGAUUUUCAGAUAGGAGCUACCUCAGGAUACACCAGCAGAAAAACCAUUCUACUCUAUAACAUAGAAAGUAACCAUUUGACUCGAUAGCUUCUGACGUUUAGAUCAAACCCUGCAUUAAAAGAUGAACUUUCAUUGUUGUCAGCAGAACAUUUGGAUUAACAAGAGUCACAGAUUUCAGUGUUGAAUAUUCCUGGGUAGAAUAAUGCAUCCUACAAUACUGUGUAGACCAGUGGUCACCAACCUAUUCAAGAUCACUUUCAUUGAUCUAUCGCUCAGAAUUUAAAAAAAACAUAACUUAACAGUUUUGUAGGAAUGAGGUUUGGGCAGUAGGACUAAUACAUUAUCACAGCAUACUGGCUAUAUGCCUGGCCUGCCAAUAUUUGUUCUUCUCAGACCAUAUUUCAAAACUCAAGCAUUGUUUACAAAAUAGAUCAGUUGGUGUAGCAACUUUCUUAGCAUAAUUUGAAAUGAUUUGCUUUUUUAUUUUACUGGACUGAUGGUACCUGCAUCUGAUUGUCAUGGUGCUUUCAAUACAAAUGGGAGCUCGUGGAAAAAACUAGGUCAAAUCAUGAUGUCAGUAAUCUUCAGGUUGGAAAGUCUGAGGUCUAGAAAGAUGUCAGAAUUUCUGACUUGGAAUUCAUUCAAAGCAAUUCUUUCCAGUUGGAUCUCAAUUUUUUUCAGAGUUCCCAGUUGUUUCGAACACAGCAUUAGUCUCAGUGGAGGGAGGGAGAGAACAGCAGAGGGUCCACUUCUCACAGUCACUGCUCUCUCCUACUUUUCCUCUGGUGAGACUGAACAGAGAGGGGACACCGUCUUCCACCUGAUGGCGAAACUCGAGUCGAAAUUGAAAUAUUCCUCUUAAAGUAGACACGACGAUGGACUAAUAAUAAUAAAAAACCGCAGGGCUAGCAACACACUUGGCUACUCAUUCAUUGCAGCUGCAUCGCGAGUGGAAGUAGUAGAGAAGAGCAUUUUAUGUUUUGCAAUGGUGCUGAAUUAUUUUUAUUUUUGACAUGAACUCACUCAUAAAAACAGCAGCUCUUUACUGUAUUCUUUGACAGUCUCUGUGGUCAUGGUUUUAAAAGUUAUUAAGUCUUACGUAGGCUAGUAUCAAACUUUACUGUGGAAGCUCUGUAGGCACAGUGAUUUGAGCUAUCUGAUUGGCCAGUGCAGUAGGCGCAGUCACUCGGUCCGCCUGGUAGGUUUGUCUUUUCAAACAAAUGCAAUGGUUCAAAAUGGGAAGACUUUGCUUAACCGGUGACAGCACCUACCGCCAACAGCGCAACACAAAUCACAUUUUAAAAGGAGCGCAAGCCUUUAUCGUCGUUUUCUCUACAGAAAUGUUUGGUGUGGAAUGUCUUGAAGAUUGACUGGUUGGUGAUCACUGGUGUAGGCUAUAUGAUGUUCACAAAUGCCUAUUGUAUACAUCCAUUCACCAACUACAUUUUUUUCCCAAGACACUUUUAAUGAGGAAAUUAAUGCAGUUUAUCAAGUUAAUGCAGUUUCUUAGUUGAGAUCUGUGUAUGUGUGGCUUUCACCCUGUUCUGCAUUCACCCGACAGCGCUUUAACAAAUCUAAUCAAAUCUAAUCAAGUUCACUGGUCGCAUACACAGAUUUGCAGAUGAUAUCGCAGGUGCAGGCAAGUGCUUGUGUUUCUAGCUCCAACAGUUCUGUAAUUAAUGCCAGGUAACAUAAAACAAUACACACAUAAUCCCAAGUGGCGCAGCGGUCUAAAGUGCUGCAUCUCAGUGCUAAAGGCAUCACUACAGACACCCUGGUUCAAAUCCAGGCUGUAUCACAACCGGCCGCGA